GUCGCCAAUUUACAUAUUGCCGAAAUUUCUCAAAGACACAGAAAGAAACAGAAGUCUAGUUCUGGACUGGUUCCACUGGUCGAACUACGACUGCAAACGCAACCUGCACCAUGCUUGGAGCUCUGUUCAAGAUCUAAUAUAUCCACUUUCACUGCGUGUCACCAACGCAAAUUGUACAGCCGACGUCAAGUAAAAUUGGAAUAAAAUCAUGUGUAAAGAAAUAUCCACGUUACACAAUUCAAGCAUUGAAACAAUGAGAAAAUACUCACCAUUCUGCGCCAGCGUCUCGAUUUCACAUUUUAUCUGAACUAAAAAUUAUAAGUAACGAGAACUGAAAUCUACACAAAUGUUAAUGAAUACCCCACAAACUGUCAAGAUUAGUUAUUCAAUUUAAAACUAAGGCAAAAUUUACAAGGAUCAAAAUUAUUGCAUACUAAAAAAAAACAAAGGCUUUUCACAGACUGCCUGAUUUUCUAGCCGUUCUGUUCGCUGCUUUUUUUGCGAUAUGAUGAGUGUCAUGAGUAUGAGUGACGUACUCUGGCAGUUUAUCGAUAAUCGGUACUAUCGAUAUCCUAAAAAACUUGAUCAGAAGUGUUUUCUUAUUCCUUACGGGUUUAGCAAUUAAAAUACUUACCUGUAUUGCUCAAAACUUCAAAUUAGUUUUUUUUUGUUUUUGCAUUUUACGUUCAUACUACAUCAACAGAACCAAUCAACAGUAAUGUUAAAAACCGGUUUUCACACAUUUCAACACUUACCUAUAGUUCCACCUCGUCAAACUCUCGAACUGAAAGCCAAUGAUAUUCGUAAUUUUGCUGUAGUACUUACGUGAACGAUUCGUAAAUUAAUUGUGCGCUGCGCAUCAUUAUACUUUUGUUAUCGGUAAACAGAAGCAACUGUAAGCCAAAAUACGUGUUGCGACACUAAAAUGUUUUGGACAGUCAUUCUUGAUCUUUAAAAUAACUUAAACCAUCCUGCCUCCACACAAAUAGUUCGUUGGAUAUCAGUAAUCAUACAAAUUCCACAAUGAAAGUUACAAUAACCACUUUAAAUGACGAACUUUUCGUCUUGCAAGUGUCUGAAGAGUUGGAGCUAGAGAACUUCAAAGCUUUUUGUGAGAUUGAAUCCGGUUUUCCUGCAAGUGAAAUCAUUCUGCACUUAAAUGGGACACCGCUACUUGACGACAAAAAGUCACUGAAAGCCCUCGGAGUAAAUGAUGGAGACGUAAUCGUAUUGAUCCAUCUGGUCCCUUCGGGCUCCAAUCUCCACGCUAAUGAUGCCAGCCAGGCAUUACCAACUGGGUUAGAUACUCUCGAUUUUAGCAACAUCCAAGUUCCUCCAGAGGCAAGCACAUCACACAUGGCGUCAAGAACCCCCCAGCCUGUGGAGGAAGAUCCACGUAUUAUCAGGGAGAUGUUCCUGGCCAAUCCAGAUCAACUUGCUCUUCUAAAACAAAACAACCCAAGACUAGCAGAUGCCCUCUUGAGUGGCAAUCUUGAUACUUUUGCCUCUGUAUUAAGGGAGCAAAUAGCUGCUAGGACGGAGCGACAGCAACAAAGAAUUAGGAUGAUGAACUCUGACCCUUUUGACACAGAGGCUCAGAGGAUGAUUGCUGAAGAGAUCAGACAAAAGAAUAUAGAAGCCAAUAUGGAGGCAGCGAUGGAGUACAAUCCAGAGACAUUUGGGACUGUUGUGAUGUUGUAUAUCAAUUGUCAUGUCAAUGGAUUUCCUGUAAAGGCAUUCAUAGAUUCAGGGGCCCAAACUACCAUUAUGUCUGCGGCCUGCGCUGAGAGGUGUAACAUUAUGCGAUUGGUAGAUACUAGGUGGGCAGGUAUAGCAAAAGGUGUUGGUGUUCAAAGAAUCAUUGGGCGUAUCCACAUGGUGCAGAUGCGGAUUGAAAAAGAUUUCUUGACGACUUCUUUUUCUGUGUUGGAAGAACAACCUAUGGACAUGUUACUGGGACUCGAUAUGCUUAAAAGACAUCAGUGCAACAUAGAUUUGAAAAGAAAUGUACUACGCAUUGGAACUACAGGAACAGAAACCCCAUUCUUGCCAGAAUCAGAACUCCCAGAGUGUGCACGACUUUCUGGUUAUUCAGAAGAUGAAAUUGUCAACCAGUCAGCGCGAGAACAUGAAGAAAAACAGAUGAAAGAGGCACUGGAAAAAUCAAAGCAAGAAGCUGCUAAUAUGGUGGCCUCAAGAUCUGGCUCAACGUCUGGUAUCCAGGGGAUCUCAACUUCUACUCAAAGAGUUGGACUUGGCGAUCCCAGUCAGACUAUUCUGCCAACAGACGCGUUCGGAGAAUCGGAGGUCGAAGAAAUCGUCGCGCUGGGCUUCACUAGAGAGCAGGCCAUUGUAGAGCUUAGACGUUUCAACGGCGACAAAACUCAAGCGACUGUGGCCCUUUUUGCCAAGUCGCUCAAGUUCUGAUGUAACGCCCUCGGGCAUGACGCGCUGCUAUUUAAUUAUUGUCAGGUAAUUGUUUGCUAGCACUAUUUUGCUCUGACUUAUUAUUACGAGUAUUUUUUAUCGUUGAAUAUGACCACUAGACAAUUCGUUGCCGAUUUUAGUGAAUUUUAAACAAACUUGUUAAUAUUGACAUAAUCUUCAAAUAAACAUCGAAAUCCUAAUCGAUUGGAGGAUUUGUGUUUCGAUGUGGACAUCAUGAAAAUAUAAUGAAAUAGUUAACGAUUUUACACAAUCUUAUGCUGUAAAAGCAAUACAGUGUUAGAAAAGGUAGUUUGAAAUUUCCUGGGGUCACUUUACUCAUAAUACUGAACAUAUUUAUAAGAUGGGUUCUCUUGAAUUGAAAUUUCAAACCUACUAUUUCGAUAUUCUGUAUAAUUAUUAUGGAAUCAAGCGGCGUUAAAGUACUAUUAGACUGUUGCUUCUGCCUAUGUUACAUAGGAUUUGUAUUUUAAAUAGGUAUAUGGAAACUUUAAUGUUUAAGAAUGUUAUCCUCUCGUAUAACAGGAAAUCC